GGCUCAGGGAGAGCUCAGCGUGAGACAACAGCCGCUCAUGCGCAAGCUGAAGCACCAAACGCCCAUGUUGCACACGAAGUGGAAGAGAACGCGGAGCACCUUCAACAAGCAGCAACCGAAGCAGCUCAAGCUGCGCAAGGAAUGGGGCCUGAACUGACGGGAGAGAGAGACACUAGUAUUGCAUUUGAUGUCUUAAAAAGUGAAGUGGCUCAGAAGACGAACGCCGCAGCCUCCGAAGGGCAGAGGGAUCUCCAUAUGGCCAAGAAUACCAGCGCAAGUUAUUUAGACCAGGCAAAGACAGUGGUGGAGAGUAUUGCCACUUCUGCCCAGGACUAUCUUCACGGUAGCACAGACCCGCAAGCCACUUCGGACAAGCCAGGAGGAGACGCCACAUCAUCAUCAUUGCAGACAUCGGCGUCGACAUCGUCUGCUGUUGGAACCGCUCAGAAGUACUUUGCAUCCGCACAAGCCGCCGCUCAACCGCACAUUGACGUUGCACGAUCCACUUUGCAACCACAGGUCGAAAAAGCACGCGAGACAGCGGAAGGUUACCUCGGGAUGCACUCUAGUACCUCGCCUUCUGGUGCGGUUACUCCUCCAUCAAACACGUGCGCAACUACCGGGACGCCCUUAGUUGCGGGCACUCAAUACGCAUCUACGAUAACCACUACUGGUGCAGAUGAGAGAGAGCUGGAGUCAACUGUCGCAUAGAAUGUUAUGAUACCGAGAAGUUGUGUAGCCAUAGAUGUGACAUUGUUGCAUAGUCUCGAAGACUUCCUCUAGCUCGCUCUUGGAUGUCGCGCUUGUAGCCAAUCAUUGAAAGCAACCUUCAAGUGUGAAGUAGUGACAGCAAAAUAGGCUAGUAUGCAAUGAUACUCACCCUGGUCUGAACGCAGCUGACACUGACAGGGAACGUUCGAGUUGUCGUUUGAAGACUAGCACCAGUACCGGUACCAACCCCUUCAAGACAAGCGUCAAAAAGCUCAGGGUCACGAUGGACUAUGUCCCAUCGGAACGAUUCUGAUUGGAAGGAACCAAAAUGGCUGAGAUUAGAUUAGAACCGGCUAACUG